CAACAUAACCUCAGCAACCAUUCAAACCUGAGAGUGAGACCUUCGAACUCGAACUCGAACUCAUUGUUGUUCUGUUUCUUUGGUUUGGGGUACCGUAUGAUGGGUAGUAGCGAGGAUCCCAACAAAAAACCCGAUUCUCUAUACGAAUCUUCGGCAUCAAAUCCCUUACUAUCGAAGCCCCCAUUCCCAAUCGAAGAACAAGAUUCCCAUGAAUCCGACUCAAACCAACAGUACCUUCACAUCUCUUACAAUCACGGUCCUCGUUCCUUCAAGGACCUACCUUUCCUCAUCCUCUUCCUUCUCUUUAUCCUCUCCACCUUCGCCUUUGGCAUCUUCGCCAUCUUCCACAGGAACACCAACUACACCACUCUCUCAUCUUACACCUACGACUCCAACACCACUUCCUGCGUCAAGCGUUCCAUUUCCACAUCAUCAUCAUCAUCUCCCAUCUGGGUCUCGCUCAAUUCUUCCAACAUCGUGAAGGAUUUGACAUGGACCCUAGUUAUCACCUUCAUUUUGAGCGUGCCCUUGUGUUGGGCUCUGCUUCUUUCACUCAAGCAUUAUACCAAACAGGUUGUCUACGCUUGCCUCCCUUUCUUCAUCGUCAUCCCCAUCUUCUUGAACGUGUUUUGGUUCGUUGCCUGCACCGUCAGCUCUUCUUGCAGCGACGCUUUCCCUCUGGCGUAUAGAAUUCUGGUGAUGGUGUUCAUCUUCUUGGUGAUUGGAGUCAUCGUGUGGAUCUUGGUGGUGAAUUGGCAUCGGGUUCAGCUCACCGUGAGCAUAAUCGGGGUGGCCUCCGAUGCGCUUUCAUGGAACCUGGGCUUGUUGGGGGUUCUACCUUGUUUGACGAUUGGGCUUGUGGUGUAUUACGUGCCAAUCGUGGUUUUCUUGGUGUUUGCGAGGUUCAACGGCAAGAUUGUUCCCAAGGAUUUGGACGGUGAAUAUGAUUGUGUUUGGAGGCAGGACUCGUGGGUGCCUGCUUAUUUUGCAUUGACAAUCAUCACAAUGCUGUGGUCUGCGGCUGCUAUGCUUGAAGCCCAAGUUUAUAUCAUCAGCGGGACUAUUGCUCAUUGGUAUUUCUCCAAGGAGAAUGAAACUCCUAAGAAGGGUAUUAGAACUUCUCUAAGAAAUGCUUUUGGUCCUUCUUCUGGCACAGUGUGUUUGUCAGGAUUGCUUAUCUUUGUUGUUCGAGUGGUGCGCUCUGCGGUUGAUAGUGCUAGACAAGAGGAUGCUCCUGGGAUAGUGAAACUUGUACUGCAGUGCUGUGUAAACGCCUUACUGACAGCAGUUGAUUUUCUUAAUAAGUUUACCAUAAACUUUGCUGCAAUAACCGGUGAAGCUUACUGCUCAUCUGCAAGGAUGACAUAUGAACUUCUAAGACGUAAUCUUCUCUCUGCUGUAUUUGUGGAGGCCAUCUCAUCCCGCAUCCUGGCUGGAAUUGUCUUUGUCCUCUCAGCAAUAUACACAAUUGUGGUCUGUGCUAUCUUGAAAGCUGCGACCAAUCUUGGGGCUGAUUCAUAUUUUGUGGCUGCAAUGGCUUGGGUGCUACUGAUACUAGUGCUGGGUUACUUUGUGCAUGUGCUAGACUUUGUAAUUGACACAAUAUAUGUCUGCUAUGCAAUAGACCGGGACAGAGGAGAGGUUUGUAAAAAAGACGUCCAUGACGUUUACGUUCACCUACCCAUAAGCAGAAGUCUCAGACAAUCUAUUCCUACAAGAACUCUUGGUGUUUAAAUAAUUCUUAGGAUUCAAAUGUUUUUGAAACCUUAGAUUGAUAUUUUAUGAACAGUAUGGGGUAAGAAUUAUCUGUGAGCCUAUUGUGCAUACUCUGAAUGUUUCUUCUAUGAAGUUUUUGUUUAUAAGUUUUACAAAGGGAAAAAUUUUAGUUAGUCUGAAAGUUGACUUAUGUUUUCAGUGUAACCUAUAUCAUGUAUAUUAUGUUUGGCGGGAACUGGGAAGAGACACUGCUAAUAAAAAAAAUUGU